GUUUACUUGCUGUGCUUGCAUCUAUAAACGAAAAUAAGUAUUUUAAAUAAAAAAAAAAUUGUGUGGAGAAAAUAGCAAAAAGUGUCUUUCCAAAAGUAAUCUAUCGAAUUAAAGUGUAUUAAGUUAUAGAAGUUGCAGUGUUUCAGCUCAAUCCUGGCAUCCUCGACCAGGACGCAUCAAUCCAAAUCAUCUUCGCCGUGAUCACAAAUGGAUGCCGCAGAUAAACCGACGAUCGGUGGAGUAGCCGAUCAAAGUAUUUUUGCAGCAUCAACCGACAUUACGACAAACACAACAGAUCCCCGGGGUUUUCCUCUUGAAGGCGUGCAUGAAAAAAAGCCGCCACCGAAACUUUCAUUUAGCGAAAAUUCGAGUUCGCUAAUACGUUGUGUACCGAACGAAAGAGCGACACUCUUCGUGAAAAUCGACUGUGACGAGGACUCCGAUUUGUUGCCAUUAAAAUUUGAAUGGAGCCGUGGAGAAUUACCAAUUGAGAAUUCCGAUCGCUUUCGAAUAACACAGACCAGCACCGCUGUGCAAUUGGCCGUGGAGCACGUGCAACGGGAGGACGCCGGUCAUUAUACUUUGAUAGCUAGAACGAAAAGCAACAAUGUUAUUCGCAAAGAUGUGGAGCUCAUUGUCGAGGACAGAUCGACGGGUGAGGAUCCACCUAUAUUUCUACGACGACUGGUCGAUCUAUCGGUGAAGGUGGGAACGCGUACUCGAUUGUUAGUCGAAAUACGAAGUUCCACAGAGUUAAAGCUCACCUGGUACCGAAAUGAUCGCCGAAUAUGUGAAAACGAUCGAAUUAAAGAGAUAAAUGAGGGUAAUUUCCACUAUCUGGAAGUUAGUCCUGUUAUUUUGGAGGAUGGCGGCCAAUGGAUGGUUUUGGCUGAGAAUUCGGGUGGACGCAAUUCAUGUAUUGCUCAUUUAAAUGUAUUAGUGCCAAAAGCCUACAAAUCACCAGAGUUCAUUGAGGAGUUACGUGCCGUGCUGACACAGCAAGGCACUGUUUCCCUCGAGUGUAAGGUGGUUGGUGUGCCCACACCACAGUUGCGUUGGUUUAAGGAUUCCAAAGAGAUCAAGGCUGGUGAUGUAUUUGCGUUAACCGCCAAUGCAGACGAUCCCACAUCAUUGGGCACCUACACCUGCGAGGCGGUCAACUGUAUGGGCAAAUCAUAUUCCAGUUCAAAGGUGCAUGUAGUGGGACGUGGCAGUAGAGAAGGUUCGCUUAAGCCAGCUGACAGCAUCCCCAACAAUGCACCCCCGCCGAUAUUUACGAACGAGCUGCGCAACGCGAGUGUCCGCAUUGGUGAAUCAAUUGUACUCGGAUGCCAAGUUGUGGUACCACCAUGGCCGAAAACUGUCAUCUGGUACAAUAAAAAUGGCCGCAUUGAGCCUGGCGAACGUUACAAAUUAAUUGAAGAUGGCUUGGGCGUCUAUAUGAUCGAGGUUAAGCCCUCUGAGAGUUGUGACGAAGGCGAAUGGAAAUGUGUAGUCACUAGCUAUGAAGGUUGUGUGGGCAUUUCAACCUGUAACGUCACAAUGGACAUUCCGAAAAACUAUCGAAAACCACGCUUCAUGGAAAGUUUACGCGCCGUGCUUACCGAAGAAGGACUUGUCUCAUUCGAAUGCAAAGUGGUUGGCUUUCCUACGCCUGUACUGAAGUGGUUCAAGGAUGGUCAAGAGUUAAAACCUGGCGAUGUUUAUCAAUUAACUGGUACCAACUCACUGGGCACUUACUGUUGCAUAGCUAAGAAUUGCAUGGGCGAGAACAGCAGCGUUGCUGUGCUCACUGUAGAGGAUAUACAAAAUCAACUUAACGACGAGGAGCGUCUCACGUUUGCCAAUCAGAAUCAACCGCCUAAAUUCGUUGUCGGACUGAAGAGUCAAGAAGCUAAGAUCAAUGAGUUCUUCCAAUUUUCCGUAAAUGUUAAAGCCACACCAGAUCCAAAGCUCUCCUGGUUUCGUGAUGAGUUGCCAAUCGAGAAUAGUGAACGUUACAAUCACUACCGUGGCGAGGAAGAAAAUUGGCACUUGGAUAUACGCUCGGUGGAAUUUGUUGAUCAGGCCGAGUGGAAGUGUGUGGCUGUGAAUGAUUUUGGAACGAGUGUUACUUCCAGUUAUCUAAAAUUACAGAUACCACGUCACUACAAGAAACCACGUUUUCUGGAAUGUCUGAGAGCCGUGUUGACGGAAGAGGGCGCUGUGAAUUUAGAGUGUAAAGUUAUUGGCGUACCGCAACCGGUACUGAAAUGGUAUAAGGAUGGUGUUGAAUUGAAACCAGGUGACAUACACAGAAUUAUUUCUGGACAGGAUGGCACUUGCUGCUUGGGCACCUACACUUGUGAGGCAAGAAACUGUAUGGGCAUUGUAGCGAGCUCUGCCUCGCUGCUUGGUUUCGAAGAAGCUUACAAGAAUCAAAAGCAGGAACAGGCACAGGAAAAUGAGUUGCAGCGCAAUUUCUCGCUGUCUACCAUACAAGAAGAGCGCACCUCGCAAUUGUACGAAACACCUGUUGGCGAUAUAACGAUUGAUUCGAAGGGCGAAGUAUCCUUCUCUUUUGAUGGUAAAGAGGUAUCUGUUUCUUUGUACGAGACUCCUGAUCUAACCGAAGAGGAGGCGUUGAAAAUCGUUGAAAUGUACGCAGACCAGAUUUCUGAGCAUGUGACCGAACACAAUGUGGUGGAGUUGCCCCCUCUGCGUUUUGUUAAAGAGACUUCACAAUCUGGUAAACUUUUAAUGGAGGCUGUGGUCAUUGAUAUAUCGCCGGAGUACUUUACACACGAGGAGGAUAUGCGUACCGAGGCAGGACUGGAUGAUAUUUCUAUAACCGAGAUAACCGUGCAUGGCACUUCAGGCCAUGAAGGUGACAUUGAUGGCAAAGCUGAAAUUUAUGCACAACGUAGUUUUGAGAAAAUGGAAGAAGAGUUGUCAUUAACGGCCCCAGUACGCAAGCGAAAGAAGUCGCGACCCACAGAAACGACAGAAGAAUUCUAUAGUUUAUCAAAGGCCACCGACAGUCAAGUUGGCGAUGAAGACGACACAUCCGAUUUACAAACUUUCGCUAGUGCAACACAAAUGUCGUCGCGCGUUGAUUCUGCUGCUGGUCCCGACGACGCAACACAACCCGACGAAGGUGUGCAGCCACCAAAGCGCAAGAAAGGAAAAAAACAAACCGACAGUGAUUCAUCAAAGACAACUGAAGAUGAAGCGAAAAUGCAAGAUAUAUCGGGUGCAGUUGGCGAUGGUUUGAUGUCAGUGAAGCCAGUAAAAGUAAUCUCAAGUGCAACGGAGAUUGACCAAAAUCUGAGGUCUCUCUUGCCGUUAGCAAAACUACUGAAAACCGUUGAGCAUCACCUAACCAUUGUGGAGAACGAAGUGGUCGAGCAGUCGGCAAUGCUAAUGACUCCAGCAUCUGCAGAGCAAAGCAUCGCUAUCAUACGCAAUAUUAUUGAUCCGGUAAAACAGGUGGAGAGCAAGUUGCGCGCUUACUCGGGAGAAACGCCAGUGGAUGCGCUCUUCCAAACGAUGGAGGAAGAUAUACGAAAGCUACACACCAGCCUCCAGGUAAUCGAGAAGUGCGUCGAGAUAGACGAAACUGGUGCCACACUAAUCCAACGCACCAGCGUGUGCAUCAUUGACAGUGUGGGCGAUCAACUGAUAAAGGCAUUAGAGGAGGUGCAGAAUAUAGCAAAAAAUUUCGAGUCGACGAGUUUGCGUACACACAUUGACCUAACAGCAGACGAUAUUAAACAAGGUCUCGAAAUCACGCAGGGUACUAUUAAGUCACAAGCUUUGCUGCAGGAAGCACAAGAGUUGGAGGCGGCCAAGCAUUUAUCGGAAACGGUCGCUAAGUUACAGGCAAUGCCUGAAUCAGAACCAGCAUCGUUUGCCAAAAUUUCAGACGCCAAAUUACCCGAUGAAGCUGAUGCAUUGAAGCUCAUUUGCCAGCCGGUUGUUAAUAUACAAGCCGCUUUAGAGAAGGUAGAGAAUGAGUUGAGUCUAGAGGAAAACGAAGAACAGAUCUACAGAAAAGUGCACAAAAAGGUGCUUGAUAAUCUUGUAGAACCAAUUAAGGAGCUACAAUCAGUGUUGGAGAUAAUCGAACGAAAGGCUGAGGCACUCGCCGGCACUGAGUCUACAGAACAGAAAGUCAAUAUGGCCAUAUUGGAUAUUGUCACGCCGGCUCUAUUCGAACUCAACAAAGGUAUGGAGAUUAUAUUGAAUGAGUCCCCUGACAAUGUUCAAGCUGGCAUGCUGACUGUUAGCACUGUAGAGGCGAUGGUGCCGCCAUUGCAAGAGAUACAAAACGGGCUGGCACAGCUCAGCCAGGAUGUAGAAAGUGGACAUUUCAAUGAAGAAACCGCAUUGGACAUAGCGGACACGCAAAAGUUGCUCCAAACUAUUGCGCAGUCUGUGCUGCACUUCGAGACGAAUAUAGAACGAAUUUCGACACGUUUAUCGCCUAAUGUGCAAGCCGGUUUGUACAGUCUCAAAGAGGAGAUGUCCGCCUUAAUUGGAAAUGUACUAAACGAUAACAUUACCAAGUAUCACGUGACGCUGCUGGAAAACUUGAAACGCCCCGUUGAUGAGCUCAACUACUGUAUACGUCAAAUUGAAGGCAAAUCAAUAUCUGGCUCACUAACUGAUUUCAUCGAUCCCUUACACAGCCUGAGUGAUCGAGUUAACUUGGGAAAGGAGAUCAUGCAUAUGUCUGGCACAAAACAAAACGAGAAGAAUCUUGAGGUUCUAGAGAAAAUGAAUCAAUUAAUUAGGCGUGUUGAGAUCGACAUCGAAGAACAUGAAUUCAAAAUGAUGCAGCGUGAAGUUGCGCUUGAUGAGAAGCUCGCCUCCGAAGAAGAAAAGUCAUUCCUCCAUAUGCGCCAAGCAAUGGAAAUGAAGAUUGCACAAGAUGAGGCGGGCCAAAAUAUUCAAGAACUAUUGCACAUAGUUACAGAUAUUGAAGCAACACCCGGUUUGGACACUCAAACACAGCAGGUAUUGUCUGCUCUAGAUCAAGGCCUCACCGGCCUAGUUGCCGAUGUGGAAAAAUUGAAAGAGUCACAGAGCACGAGAGAAGAAACCGAAGCUGCUACAAAAGUGCUAACUGACAUUGCCAAACCACUACAAGCAGCCGCUGAGAUACUACGCAUCACACUAACGCCAGCAAAGGAGCUAAAAGUAGAGUCACUACCACAAAAUGUGGGUCUGCGAGCAGUUGUGGAAGAACUGAAUGAGGUCGUAGAGAAUAUACCGGAGCAAAAUGAGCAGCGUAUAAAAUUGAAAGCGCUGCCUAUUGUGCAAUCGGUGCUAAAAAUUGUGCCCGCGCUGCAAACAAUCACAGAUUUACCGCAAGCAGCGAGCGCAAUAACAAAGACAGCAGCUGCUGAGAAAAAGAAAGGAGAACCGGAACUGGACAGCGGUGCUGCAAAGAAACAAAAAAUGGAUACCAAUGAAAAGGUGUUGGAACCAGCAUCGACACCCGUUGUGAUAGCUACUGUAGAAGCUCAACAAACUGCAGGCUUCACAAGUGAAACGAAAUCAGUGGCGAAAGACGCCACAGAAAAGGCUGCAACAUCCUCUGAGGAAGCGCAGCAAGCUGUGACCUCUGCAGAUGCAACGAAACCGGUAAAAGAAGUCGCGGAAGAUGUUUCAACGCUAGAAGACAUAUCCGCCAUGAAAUCCAUCACUGAAUCAUUGCCAGCAGAUAGCCAAACGUCUGCUUCAGAAGAUAAAACAGAUCAUCUCAAAGCCUUCGAAGCCAAUAAAAACAAAGUUGACGUAUUGCUGUCGCAAUUGAAAAAUAGCAUCGCCUCAGUUUUGAUGCACUGCGCCGAAGUAGACGUAGCCUCACUGCAGUUGGAAACGGCGCAACAAGUCAAAGCAAGUCUUUCAAAGCUAGAAAACGUCACUGAGUGCAUUGCUGAUGUCCAUCAGCCAGCCAUUGUUGAACCAUUGUACUCACUUUCCGACGCAAGUGAAUGCAGAACAUUCGCCGAUGCUGUGUGCCAUUUGGAAGCGUGCGUGGUGCAAGUCGAGGAGUGUUUGGCCCAUACCGAUUUGAAAGAUUUAAGUGGAGAUCCAAUAUCGGAAUUGAAAACAUUAGCGCUGCCAUUACAAGACCUUAAGGAAUGUAUUAAAGUCUUUCACAAUGAAGAAUUGGAGCAGGCUGUAAAUUUGACAACAACGAGCUUACCCCUUACAAGUGCACAAGUUCUACAAGAUAUACAACCAUUUGUGCUUUCGAUCAAGGAGAGUCAUGCACUUGAGACGCUACAAUCCUUGGCGGAGGAUGAGUCACUCGGACUGCUAAAACAGUUUAUAAAACCCAUACAAGAACUAGAAACUGCAGUGCUAACAACUAUUGACCAAGUGCACUUGUCUCAAAUUGAAAGUUUACCGAAGCAGGCGUGCAUUGCGGUACUGGAAAAGUGUGCAAAGCCGAUCAUGGAUAUUAGAGAGACCUUACUUCACGUGCAAGAAGAGACACCACUAUCCACCUUGGAAGAUUGCCCAGCAUUGCAAGUGGUCAAGGAAAAAACCGAUGUCAUAUUUAAUCUCUUACAAUAUUGCGAACAAGUGGAUCUGAAUGCUUUGGAGAAUGUGGCCGAUAUGUCUACGCAGGCUGACAUUUCUGCACUACAUUCUUGUGCCGAGUUGAAGUCUCUAGAGACACAGCUGGAGUCUGCAGCAAAAGUACAACAAAAAGACGUAAAGUACUUGGACGUAAAAGAUUGCAUAGCCGAUGGCAUCAAGCAGAUUCAAGUGUGUUUGACAACAACUGAAAAGACCAAAGUACCCGAAUUGCAAGAUGUUGGCGAAAUUAUGAAGGAGCUUAAAAGCGAUUUAGAAGAUAUGCAAAGUGAGUUGUCCAAAUCGCCAGCACAACAAAAUGCGGCUGAAGCCAAUCAAAGGGUGGCUAAAACAAUGUUCAAAUUGAAAGAGUGUUUGGUGCACACCUACGAAGCUGGUGUUGAAAAGUCACUUGAGGAGAUUGAGAAAACCUUCGAGGACAUAUUACAAGCACUGCCAAUACUGGAAAUACAGCUGGCUCAAGAGAUGUACAUGAAAAUUGAGACAAGACUGCGUGAUGCAUUUAACUCAACAGCCUCACAACCAGAUAUAGCAGACGAACUGCAGAAAUUGGUGGAACCCUUUGAUGCCGUUUUGAACAGUACCAAAGCGAUUAGUGAGCUGGAAAGCAUAGAUGUUGAGAAGUCUUCAUUGGUUGUGGCGAAUCUGCAAUCGCAUUUAAUGGCUGCAUUUAGAGCGCUAAAUGAAGUUAGUGAAUCAUUAAGUGGGCAAGGUCGUGAAACUGUUUUAAAAGCGCAGGAUGCUGUACUGGCAGCAAACGAAUUCAUUGCCGAAGCUAGUGAGCAAAUUAGAAUUAUUGAGCUUCUCCAGGAGAUCGAUAGUGUGACACCGAACGUUGCUGCUCUUUGCGAAAGUCUUGCAUUAGUUAAAGAGCAGGCCAGCAAAGAAGCAUUGCUCGAAACACUAAUGCAACGAGUUACAUCGGCAAAAGCAUUUCUACAAAGCAUAGAGAAUGGAUUGAACGCCAAUAAUCCCAUCUUUUAUAGGUUAGCAGAGGAGAAUGAAUUGGAUAUAAGCAGUGUCGAAGCUGCACUCAUACGCAUUGAGAAAGAAGUUAUACCGAAGUUAGAAACGCAGAUGCCAACCGCGGAUGAUAAUGCGCUGGUCGACGUGUUGGCGGUCCAUUUGACAUCUUUGCAAGAUAGCUACGCCAAACUCAAUAUUGUGACUCCUAUAUUGGAAAAACAACACUUGGGGGAACAACGAACACCUAUUGAAAAGGAAGAGCAACUCACUUUAGACGCAUUAGCUUCCUCGACACCAGCGGAGGCUUUGGAAAGAAAAGAACCGCAACUGCAAUACGAAACUGCUUUGCCUGCUGAAGAGGAAGUCUCUACUUUGGAAGAUAUUUCGGCCAUCGAGUCGCUGAUUAGUUCACCGCCACUUUCUCAAGCCGAAGAAAUACCAUCAGCUUCAGUUCACCCAGGUAAGAUCGAUGUGUUGCUCUCACAACUCAAAAGUAGCAUCGUCUCAGUGUUGGCACAUGGCUCCGAAGUAGAUGUUGGCUCCUUGCAGCUGGAAACUGCACAACAGAUUAAGGCAAGUUUAGCGCAAUUGGAGAACGUUAAUAAUUGUUUUGCUGAUGUUCGUCAACCCACUGUCGUUGAGCCACCACUCCUAUCCCUCUCCGAUGUUAGUGAAUGCAAGACAUUUGCGGAUGCUGUGUGUAGUUUGGAAGCAUGCGUUUUGCAAGUCGAAGAGUGUAUUGCUGAUAGUAACCUGCAAGAUUUGAGUACGAAUGAGAUUUCUGAACUAAAAACAUUAGCACAACCACUACACGAUGUUAGAGAAUGCAUUAAAGUUUUUCAUAACGAGGAGUUGGAACAAGUGCUCAGUUUGCCCACAAUAAGCAUGCAAUUAACCAGUGCUCAAGUCUUACAGGACAUACAACCCUUUGUGCUAUCGAUCAAGGAGAGCCACGCAUUGGAAACACUACAGUCUUUGGCAGAAGAUGAGUCACUCUCCCAACUUAAGCAAUUCAUACAACCAAUACAAGAGCUAGAAAACGCGAUUCUACUCAAUAUUGAACAGGUGCACUUGUCUCAGGCCGAGAGUAUUUCUAGGCAGGAAAGCAUAGCCAACCUGGAAAAAUGUGCAAAACCAAUUUGGGAUAUCAGAGAAGCUUUACUACAUAUUCAAGAAGAAACACCACUUUCAACAUUGGAAGAAUGCCCGGUACUGCAAGUGGUAAAGGAAAAGACCGAUGUCAUAUACCAUCUGCUGCAAUAUUGCGAACAAGUCGAUAUGAAUGCUUUGGAGAAUAUUGUCGAUAUGUCUACACAAGCCGAUGUAUCCGCACUAAAAUCCUGUGUGGAGCUAAAGUCUGUAGAUACUCAACUCGAACCCGCUGCUACGAUAGCGGCAGAAAGCGUUAAAUUCUUCGAUGUUCGCGAAUGUGUUGCGAAAGGCAUUAAGCAAAUCCAGAUUUGUGUAGAAAAUGCCGCAGCAUCCGAGGUACCAGAACUUCAUGAAGUUAACGCCGUUAUGAAGGAGCUCCAGCAUGAACUACAAAACAUGCAAAACGAGCUUUCGAAAUCAGCUGAACAGCAAAAUGCAGCAGAGAGCCAAGUAAAAGUAGCCAAGAUUUUGUUUAAAUUAAAAGAAUGUCUCGUUCAUACCUAUGAAGCGGGUGUGGAGCAAUCCGUAGAUGAUAUUGAGAAAACCUUCGCCGACAUCCUGCAGGCUAUACCCUCUUUAGAAGUUCAAUUAUCGCAGGAGAUGGUAGCCAAACUCGAGUCGGCCAUGCUGGAUUUCGCCUCAAAAUGCACACAAUCGGAAUAUUUGGUAGAUUUCCGUAAGUUAAUAGAACCGCUCGAGCUUGUUUCAAACAGCACUAGAGCUAUCAGCGAGCUCAAGUUAGUAGAGGUGGAGAAAUCCACUUUGGCAGUGGCGAAGCUGCAGUCGCAUUUAAUGGCAGUUUUUAGAGCGCUCGAUGAAAUUAGUGAGAAGAUAAUAGUAAACGAACGAGAAAAUAUUCUGAGCCUACAAAAUGCUGUACUUUCCAUUUCGGAGUUCAUUGAUACCAGCGAAAAUACACUGAGAGUUAUUGAAUUGAUCCAGGAAGUGGAUGCUCUAAUGCCACAGCUAAGUUUUGUGGCCAACGCAGUAAACGCUGCUAAGGCAAAUGAAGGCAAACAAGCAUUUUCAGAAGCACUUAGCCUAAGUGUAGCUUCGGGCAAAGCUUUCUUAGUUAGCAUUGAGGACGGUUUGAAGCGGAAUAAUCCGGUAUUUGUGAGGCUAGCCAAAGAAAACGCUUUGGAUAUUCAAAGCGUGCAAGCUGCGCUGAUUCGCAUGGAAAAUGAAAUAGUGCCCAAGCUGCAAACUGAUAAUCUAUCAGCCGAAGAUGGUAUGUUAGUCCAACAGCUAAGUAAGCACUUGAAAAAUGUAGAAGACAAAUUGCUUGCCAUAAACAAUGGUGUGCCAAAACAGUUGCAUGAGGUGGCUGCAACCGAAGAUGCAGCGGCGAAGAAAGAAAACGAGUGCGUUGCCGUUUCGGAAGCUCGGAAAAGCGAGGCUAUAACUGAAAAGGGGGAGAAAACUAAAAUAGAAAAUUCAGAAAGCGAGGGGUUGGAACAGACCGAAACAGAAACAGACAAAUUAUCCGCGUCCAACUUAACUGCACCAAUAAUUGAAAAGCAAGCCGCACCAAUCGAAACCGAAAUAAUAGCAGCAGCAGAUAGUGCGAGCCUGCCUGAAGCUUCGCUAGACUCGAAACUGGGGACAGUCGAGAAAAUAUUGGAAGAAAAGAAAGAAAUGUUAGUACACGACACGAAACCACAAUUAUCCGCUUCAGGUGAAAAGAAAGAUAAAGAAGAGACACAGCUGGAAACGCAAGAGCCCUCUUUACCAACCGAGCCAUACCUACAAAUAGCUGAAGAAAUGAUAAAUGCCACACUCGCACUCACACAGAAUGUGAGUAGCCAGCAGGUGAGUAAGGCCACAACAGAAGUCUACAAAUCGGUGGAGCUUACUUUAAGUGAGAUAAAAAAUUUGUUAAAAACACAACCGUCAAACGCAAUCGAAGACCACAUCUUUCUGCCGCUAUUCAAGUUGAAGGAUUUAAUAGCCUUUAUCAAGCGAACGCCAAUGGAAGACGUGACGAAAGCGGCCGAGUCCCGCCAAGUUCUACAAAAUGCCAACAACGUGCUGCUUCAAAUUUUGAAUGGGCAUCAAGGUCUCAGAGGCGCUAUGGUACUCGACAUUGCCGAGGCCAUAUUGCCUUAUAUGGGUAGUAUCGUAUCUUUUAUAACGCAAGUAUUUCCGAAUGACAGCAAUUUGUGUGCCACGUCUCACGCAAUACAAUGCAUUGCCGCAGAAAUAAAUGUGAUUAAGAAGACAAAUGCGCCAAAUAUGGACGCGGGGACACGUUCUUAUCAGAAUCUAAAAUCAGCUUUAUUCGAGCUGAAGAACGCCUUUGACGCGAUUUGUAACGAACAGCAAACAGAAACAUUGUUGCGCCAAAAAGAGAGCUUAGAUCGACUUUGCACAGCUGUGGAUGAGGGUCAGGUGACAGAUGCUAUAGAGAUUCUACAGGAGUUUGAGGUUAUGAAAGAUUUCUUUGUACAAUUGUUGGAAACGCUGAAAACUAUGUCGCAACAACCAGUCACUAAUCGGCAAGACGGCAGCAAAGAUGUGGAGCCACUAAAAGGUGCUGACGAUGGUCUGAAAGAGGAAAUUAAAAAUGUGUUGGCCGUUAUUGCUGGCGAUGAGAGCUUAAAAGACAUAGAGAGUGAGGCUAAAGAGUCACUACAAAACCCCACUGACGACGAGCGGUUUGCAAAACUCGUUUUUAAGCUGAGGGAACACAUUGUGCACACUUAUGACGGUGGUGUACUUUCUGCGGACGAAACCAAUAAAAAAUUGGAAGACCUGAUAGACAACUUAUUUGGCAGUAAUCCUGAAGCUGCUAGACGAUUGACGGAGGAAUACUAUUCAAAUAUAAAAAGUAACAUAAAGCAAAUUUCAGAGAAGAUAAAGGCAAUAGAGGAUGUGAAGUUACGAAAGAAAGUGACUACAAUCAAUCCUAGCCUAAAAUCACUAGCUACAACUGUUAAAGCCAUUAAAGAGAUCAAGCCGGCGAAAAAUUUUGCGGAGAAACUGGAGGAUCUUAAGAAAGAGCUGUUGGAAGUAAUUACAUUUUGCGAUGAAUUAACUCAAACACAAAGCGCGGAUUUGCGUGAUACUGUAGAAAAAGUCAAAAAGAUCGCACUAAAGGAAUUUGAUUACAUAAAUAACAGCGAAGGAGCCGCACAAACGCCGAAAAUUCUGUUGGACACAUAUUUCUUAACCAGUGGCCUACUCGACUUGUGUAAGCGACUGCAAAGAGCAGAAUUUCUAAUAACACAAAAAAAGGAAGCUGAUAGCGCAACUGCGGAAACCAAAGAUUCCCAGUUAAAAGCAGAAAUGGAACAAACAACGGCAAUUGUUGAAGAAAGAGAGGAAGUUAGUGAAGUCCAAGCUGAGCCAGUUUUACCUGAGUUAAGGGCUGAAAUGCUGUCCACAGACUCAAUAAAAACUACUGAAGCUGUGCCUAUUGAAGAAAGAGCUACUGAGGAAGCGGAAGUGCCUCAACCAGCCACAGCUUCUGAAGCGCCGAUAUCCAAGCCCGUCGAUGAAAAAGCAACUGAACAAAAAUCAGUAACAGAAAAAGCAACUCCAAUUCCUAAAGAACCUGUUAACCCAGAUUUGUUGCGGCAUUACAAGAACGUCGCUAAAAUGGCCGGUGAAAUUCGACACCAGAUUCAAGAAACAGAAAAUUUGAUUAUUCGCGAAAAACUAUCACAAAUCGUUGCAAUGCUGGACACAAUCGAAACGGUCUCUGAAACUUUAAAAUUGGCAAAUGAUGUUGACAAGUCUUCAGAGAAAAUGGUUACACUCCAAAAGGUACUUAUGAAUCUCUUCGUUUUCUUCGAUGAUCUGCAACAACACACAGCUGAGGAGCUGCAAAGCAAAAUCGGAGAAGUUAGAAAUUUGGCUUUGCAUGGCUAUGAAGCAAUCGAAAAUAGCUCGGAAGCCGUGGAUUCAGAGAAUAUUUUACUGGAUACGUUAGGUUUAUUAAAACUCAUAUUUGAUGUAUGCAGCGAAUUGCAAAAGGUAGAGCAAACUGGCCAAGGUGCUGCAGAAGUUCAGGAAUUCAUCGAAGAGAAGUCACUAGAAGGGAAAGUCGAAGAAGUAGCUUUAGAAGAGGAAGUGAACGAGGAGGUUUCUGUACAAGAAACAGAAACGAAACAAAAGGAAACCAAUGAAAUAGUUCAUGAUCAAGAAUCCAUACCUCAAAACGAAAAGUCGACUGUAAAAGAUGAUAAAACAAAAGCUGAAGAACAAGUAGCUUCAGAGAAGCCCGAGGUACAAGCGCAAGCUUUAAUCGAAACAAAGCAACAAGAAGAGAAAGAAGAAGACAAACUCUUAGCGCAGAAAACGGAAGAACAAGUGGUUGAAGAAGCUAAGAAAUCAGAUACAAAAGAGGAUAAACCGAAGGUUGUAGAACAAGCAGUUCUAGCAGAGCAAAGCAUUGGCGAGGAAAAUGCAGCAAAGUCUCAAACUCAACUUAAAGCACACAUAUCUCCAGAAAUGGAAGAAAAUGUUGCAGAAAACGAGUCUUCGACCGAGGCGCUAAAACAGGCAGAGACGUUACAAGAGACAGAAGUGAAGGUUGAAGAAAAACCAUUGCAAGAAGCGGUUGAUGUCUCUCUAGCUCAAGAUAUUCGUGAAAAGGAAGCCAGUUCCUCCACUGAUGCCCAAAUACUUGAACAGCCGAAGAAAGAAGUUGAGAAGCAACAUGAUGUUCUUGAUGGACAGACGCCUCAAAAACAAGAACUCACAGAAGUUCAACCAGUAAUUGAAGAGCAGAAGGCCGAAAGUAAGAAACAAGCAGAAACUGAGGCAAUAUUUCAAGCUGACGAACAAUCCGUUGCAGAAACGAAGAUUGGGGAGCUGGAAACUUCAAAAUCUGAAACGCAAACCAGAAAAGAAAAGCUAGAAAAGGUACAAAGAAUAGAAAAAGUUGACGAAGAAAUAGUCCAAACCGAAAAAGCCGAAGAACCAGUUCUACCAAAAUCGGAGACUAAGACCACAACGGAAAUUGGGAAAUCCGAAUCCGAGGCACAGAUAUCCGAAAUAGAGGAUGUGAAGGCAAAAGCAGAUGAACAGGUCAGUGCAGUGUCCAUUACUGAAAUUGAACAAGUUAAAAAUGAAAAAUUCGUGGUAAAGAUUGACGAACAGCAGCAGGAUUCAGUGGAAAAAUCCGAAAAAGACAUCGCAUCUUCAGUCGAAAUCUCCGCUUCUGUAGAAAACAAAGUAAGCGGAGAAGAACCACUCCAUCAAGAAGCAGCAGAAGUAGAAAACCUUGAAGCACAGAAAGAACAAAGUAGCAGCGCAAUUAAAGAUACAGAGAAAACGCAGGAUGUGCCAGAAGGAGACGAGAAGGUUCAAGAACAAAAACAACAAGAAGAGAUUAAGGAAAACGUUAUUUUAGAAGAUCUGCCUACAGAAAUCGAAAAGCCUCAAUUACAGCUAAAACAACAACAAGAAGAACUUGAAAAGUCCGAGGAAUCGAAAUCUCAUGUUGAAGAAAUAAGUGAGGAGCAAACUAUUACAGAGCCACCUGCUCUAGAUAAUUUAGAAAAGAAACCAGAAUUGAAAAAAGAACAACGUGAACCAGAGAAACAAAAAGCUGAAGUAGCUAAUGAGAAAUUGACGGAAGAGACUCCAAGCGUAACUGCGACUCUUGCUGAUGAGCAUCCAGUUACAGAAGAGUCUUCUGCUGAUAAAAAAGAGAUUGAAAAGUUGAAACCAUCAGAGGAAUUGAACAUCAAAUUACAAGAAUAUUUCUCAAAUAUUGUGAACUCUGUUAACAAGGCUUCAAACAAGAUUGCCGAUAUAGAAGCUCAAGAAACUAAUGAGAAAUUAGUUUCGAUUCCUCCUAUAUUAGAAAGCAUUGUGAAGAUUUCGCAAAAUCUAAAAACUGUCCAAAGCAUUGAAAAGUCCGCAGAAAGAAUGGUAACCUUGCAGAAAUCAUUGAUGGACACUUUCGUUGCAUUUGACGAUCUUCACGAAAUAGCGACAAACGAAGUGAAGCCGCAGUUAGAACAAAUCAAAGAGGUCGCUUUGCAGCUUUACGACAAGAUUGAAAAAUCAGAAAAGUAUAUAGAAACAGAAAUAGUGUUUUUGGAUUUAGUCAAACUGGCUGGCAGUAUUCUGGAAGUGUGCAACAUAUUCGAGAAAGAAGUGCAUGCAAAAUUAGUCGAAGAAAAACCGAUUGAGGGCAAACCAAAAGAGAAAGUUAGCGAGGAGAAACCUGAUGAGAAGAAGGAACCAAAAGAGAAAGUUACUGAAAAGAAGUCUGAGGAAAAGAAACCUGAUGAGCAAGAUAUCUUGGAGGUGAAAAAGCCGGAAGCAGAGCAGGCAAUCGAAACUCAGCACAAACCAAAGAAACCAGAAGAGGCUAUAAUUGAGCAAUCUGUGGAAGACGGAAAACCUGAAGAAAAAUUGGUUGAAGAAAAACCGACUGAGGACAAACCUAAAGAGAAAGUUACCGAGGAGAAACCUGAUGAGAAGAAGGAACCAAAAGAGAAAGUUACUGAAAAGAAGUCUGAGGAAAAGAAACCUGAUGAGCAAGAUAUCUUGGAGGUAAAAAAGCCAGAAGCAGAGCAGGCAAUCGAAACUCAGCACAAACCAAAGAAACCAGAAGAGGCUAUAAUAGAGCAAUCUGUAGAAGACGGCAAACCUAAAGAGAAAGUUACCGAGGAGAAACCUGACGAGAAGAAGGAACCAAAAGAGAAAGUCACAGAAAAGAAGUCUGAGGAAAAGAGACCUGAUGAGCAAGAUAUCUUGGAGGUGAAAAAGCCAGAAGCAGAGCAGGCAAUCGAGACUCAGCACAAGCAAAAGAAACCAGAAGAGGCUAUAAUAGAGCAAUCUAUAGAAGACGGAAAACCUGAAGAAAAGUUCGUCGAAGAAAAACCGGUUGAGGACAAACCUAAAGAGAAAGUUUCCGAGAAGAAACCUGAUGAGAAGAAGGAACCGAUAGAGAAAGUUACUGAAAAGAAGUCUAAGGAAAAGAAACCUGAUGAGCAAGAUAUCUUGGAGGUGAAAAAGCCGGAAGCAGAGCAGGCAAUCGAAACUCAGCACAAACCAAAGAAACCAGAAGAUGCCAUAAUAGAGCAAUCUGUAGAAAAACCAAUUGAGGACAGACCUAAAGAGAAAGUUACCGAGGAGAAACCUGACGAGAAGAAGGAACCAAAAGAGAAAGUCACCGAAAAGAAGCCUAAAGAAAAGAAACCUGAUGAGCAUGAAAAAUUAGUCAAAGAAAAACCGAUUGAGGACAAACCUAAAGAGGAAGUUACCGAGGAGAAACCUGAUGAGGAGAAGGAACCAAUAGAGAAAGUUACUGAAAAGAAGUCUGAGGAAAAGAAACCUGAUGAGCAAGAUAUCUUGGAGGUGAAAAAGCCAGAAGCAGAGAAGCCAAUCGAAACUCAGCACAAACCAAAGAAACCAGAAGAGGCUAUAAUAGAGCAAUCUGUGGAAGACGGAAAACCUGAAGAAAAGUUGGUUGAAGAAAAACCAAUUGAGGACAAACCUAAAGAGAAAGUUCCCGAAGAGAAACCUGUUGAGAAGAAGGAACCAAAAGAGAAAGUUACUGAAAAGAAGUCUGAGGAAAAGAAACCUGAUGAGCAAGAUAUCUUGGAGGUGAAAAAGCCAGAAGCAGAGCAGGCAAUCGAGACUCAGCAAAAGAAACCAGAAGAGGCUAUAAUAGAGCAAUCUAUAGAAGACGGAAAACCUGAAGAAAAGUUCGUCGAAGAAAAACCGGUUGGGGACAAACCUAAAGAGAAAGUUUCCGAGAAGAAACCUGAUGAGAAGAAGGAACCAAUAGAGAAAGUUACUGAAAAGAAGUCUAAGGAAAAGAAACCUGAUGAGCAAGAUAUCUUGGAGGUGAAAAAGCCGGAAGCAGAGCAGGCAAUCGAAACUCAGCACAAACCAAAGAAACCAGAAGAUGCCAUAAUAGAGCAAUCUGUAGAAAAACCAAUUGAGGACAAACCUAAAGAGAAAGUUACCGAGGAGAAACCUGACGAGAAGAAGGAACCAAAAGAGAAAGUCACCGAAAAGAAGCCUAAAGAAAAGAAACCUGAUGAGCAAGAAAAAUUAGUCAAAGAAAAACCGAUUGAGGACAAACCUAAAGAGGAAGUUACCGAGGAGAAACCUGAUGAGGAGAAGGAACCAAUAGAGAAAGUUACUGAAAAGAAGUCUGAGGAAAAGAAACCUGAUGAGCAAGAUAUCUUGGAGUUGAAAAAGCCAGAAGCAGAGAAGCCAAUCGAAACUCAGCACAAACCAAAGAAACCAGAAGAGGCUAUUAUAGAGCAAUCUGUAGAAGACGGCAAACCUGAAGAAAAGUUGGUCGAAGAAAAACCGGUUGAGGACAAACCUAAAGAGAAAGUUUCCGAGAAGAAACCUGAUGAGAAGAAGGAACCAAUAGAGAAAGUUACUGAAAAGAAGUCUGAGGAAAAGAAACUCGAUGAGCAAGAUAUCUUGGAUGUGAAAAAGCCAGAAGCAGAGAAGCCAAUCGAAACUCAACACAAACCAAAGAAACCAGAAGAGGCUAUAAUAGAGAAAUCUGUAGAAGACAAACAACCGGAAGAAAAGUUAGUCGAAGAAAAGCUGAUUGAAGACAAAUCUAAAAAGAAAGCACAGAAGAUUGAAGAAAAAAUAACAGUCGAGGAAAGCAAAGCGGAUGAAAAAUUAAGUAAGACGAUAAAUCCAAAACUGGAAGAACAGUAUCAAAAAAUUAUUAAGAACAAAAAUAGUCUGCAGAUGGAAAUCGAGGUAGCUAAACAUUCUUUAUUGAACAGAAAAUUAAGAGGUCUUCAACUACAGAUGGAUAACCUUAUUUCGGUUGCUGAAACAAUUAAGAUCGUGGAAAAAGUAGAAAAAGCCUCAAAAGAAAUCGUAAACCUUCAAAAACUGCUUAUGGACUUCUUCGUCACAUUUGAUGAUUUGCAUGAUUUAAAAGUAGAUGUUUUGAAAUCUAAAAUCGAAGAAAUAAAAGCAAACGCUUUAGCCGAAUAUGAUUUGAUCGAAAGUAGUCCGAGCCAUGUAAAUUCUGAACAAAUUUUGGAAAGAACUUCAGAUUUGGUUGCGAAAGUCGUAGAGACCUGUGCAGGACUUCGAAAAGAAACUGAGAAGGAAACUGUGACGACUUCUAUCGAAGACAAAACCGACAAAACUAUAGAUGAGAAACUUUCAGAUAAAGUGAUAGCUGAACAAGCAACAGAAGGGAAGCUGAUUUCGGAAGAGGAUAAAGAAAAACAGACACCCAAAACUGAGUCCGAAAAACCAGUUGAUCAAAACUUGGAGCUGUGUUAUAACGAAAUUGUUGAGUAUGUUGGAAACACGUCCACCAAGUUAAAUAGUAUGGACGACCAUGAAUUCCGAGUGAAGUUGGUGCCAUUAAACUCUACCCUUAAAAGCGUUGUGUCAUGUGCAGAUUCUAUAAAGGGUGCGAACAGUGUUGAGAAGUCAAAAGAAAAAAUUGUUACAUUGCAAAAGAAUCUCAUGGACAUUUUUGUUCUCUAUGACGAUUUGCUAUCCAUCAAUGUUGGAGGAUUUAAAAAAGAUUUAGAAGAAGUUAAGCAUUUAGCACUGAAUCUAUAUGAUUCCAUUGAUAAGAGUGUACGAUCAGUAAAUUCUCGAGAGGUUUUGGAACAACUGGUGAAACUGUGUGAAAAACUACAUAACGUUUCUGAAAGUAUGUGUCGGUAUGUAAAGACUUCAAAAGAAGAAGAAACUCUGAGGAAGACCAAAGAGAUUGUUGAAGUGGUAGAAAAAGCUGACGAAGAAAAACACACGAAAGAUAUGAAAGAGAAGGAAGUCAAAGAAGAAACGAAAGUGGAUGAAAAGCCCUUAGAAGUUACAGCUGAUCAAAAAAUGAGCGAAGAAAAGGUCGCUGAAUCCGUUAAGGAAACUAAACCUGAAGAACUUAAGGCUGAAGAAAAGAAACCAAAGUCUGUUGCAAAACUUGAUGAGAAACUUCCUAAGAAGCCUGCUGAAGAAGUUGAGAAGGUUGAAGAGAAACCGAAAAAGGACAAGAGAAAGAAGAGCGCUGCAGAGGAGAAGAAAGCAGACAAGGAAAAACCUGAGAAACUUAAGGCUGAAGAAAAGAAACCGGAAUCUGUUGAAAAACUUGAAGAGAAACCUGCUAAAAAGCUUGCUGAAGAAACUGAAAAGGUAGAAGAGAAACCGAAAAAGGACAAGAGAAAGAAGAGCGCUGAAGAGGAGAAGAAAGCAGACAAGGAAAAACCUGAGGAACUUAAGGCUGAAGAAAAGAAAUCUGAGUCUGUUGAAAAACUUGAAGAGAAACUUCCUAAGAAGCCUGCUGAAGAAGUUGAGAAGGUUGAAGGGAAACCGAAAAAGGACAAGAGAAAGAAGAGCACUGAAGAGGAGAAGAAAGCAGACAAGGAGAAACCUGAGGAACUUAAGGCUGAAGAAAAAAAACCAGAGUCUGUUGAAAAACUUGAAGAGAAACCUGCUAAAAAGCCUGCUGAAGAAACUGAAAAGGUUGAAGAGAAACCGAAAAAGGACAAGAGAAAGAAGAGCACUGAAGAGGAGAAGAAAGCAGACAAGGAAAAACCUGAGGAACUUAAGGCUGAAGAAAGGAAACCAGAGUCUGUUGAAAAACUUGAAGAGAAACCUGCCAAAAAGCCUGCUGAAGAAACUGAAAAGGUUGAAGAGAAACCGAAAAAGGACAAGAGAAAGAAGAGCGCUGAAGAGGAGAAGAAAGCAGACAAGGAGAAACCUGAGGAACUUAAGGCUGAAGAAAAGAAACCAGAGUCUGUUGAAAAACUUGAAGAGAAACCUGCUAAAAAGUCUGCUGAAGAAACUGAAAAGAUUGAAGAGAAACCGAAAAAGGACAAGAGAAAGAAGAGCGCUGAAGAGGAGAAGAAAGCAGACAAGGAAAAACCUGAAGAACUUAAGGCUGAAGAAAAGAAACCAGAGUCUGUUGAAAAACUUGAAGAGAAACUUCCUAAGAAGCCUGCUGAAGAAGUUGAGAAGGUUGAAGAGAAACCGAAAAAGGACAAGAGAAAGAAGAGUGCUGAGGAAGAGAAGAAAGUAGACAAGGAAAAACCUGAGGAACUUAAGGCUGAAGAAAAGAAACCAGAGUCUGUUGAAAAACUUGAAGAGAAACCUGCUAAAAAGUCUGCUGAAGAAACUGAAAGGAUUGAAGAGAAACCGAAAAAGGACAAGAGAAAGAAGAGCGCUGAAGAGGAGAAGAAAGCAGACAAGGAAAAACCUGAAGAACUUAAGGCUGAAGAAAAGAAAUCUGAGUCUGUUGAAAAACUUGAAGAGAAACUUCCUAAGAAGCCUGCUGAAGAAGUUGAGAAGGUUGAAGAGAAACCGAAAAAGGACAAGAGAAAGAAGAGCGCUGAAGAGGAGAAGAAAGCAGACAAGGAAAAACCUGAAGAACUUAAGGCUGAAGGAAGGAAACCAGAGUCUGUUGAAAAACUUGAAGAGAAACUUCCUAAGAAGCCUGCUGAAGAAGUUGAGAAGGUUGAAGAGAAACCGAAAAAGGACAAGAGAAAGAAGAGCGCUGAAGAGGAGAAGAAAGCAGACAAGGAAAAACCUGAAGAACUUAAGGCUGAAGGAAGGAAACCAGAGUCUGUUGAAAAACUUGAAGAGAAACUUCCUAAGAAGCCUGCUGAAGAAGUUGAGAAGGUUGAAGGGAAACCGAAAAAGGACAAGAGAAAGCAGAGUGCUGAAGAGGAGAAGAAAGCGGACAAGGAAAAAUCUGAGGAACUUAAGGCUGAAGAAAAGAAACCGGAAUCUGUUGAAAAACUUGAAGAGAAACCUGCUAAAAAGCCUGCUGAAGAAACUGAAAAGGUUGAAGAGAAACCGAAAAAGGACAAAAGAAAGAAGAGCGCUGAAGAGGAGAAGAGAGCAGACAAGGAAAAACCUGAAGAACUUAAGGCUGAAGAAAAGAAACUGGAGUCUGUUGAAAAACUUGAAGAGAAACCUGCUAAAAAGUCUGCUGAAGAAACUGAAAAGGUUGAAGAGAAGAAGAAGAGUGCUGAAGAAGAGAAAAAAAUAGAUGUAGCAAAUGCUGAAGAAAUUAAGGCUGCAGAAAAGAGAUCAGAACCUACUAAAAAAAUUGAGGAGAGAAGUGCUGUAGAGGAGACGACAGCAGUUGAGAAGAAAUCUGAAGAACUCAAGCCAGUUGAUAAGCUGGAGGAAAAACCGAAAAAGGACAAGAGGAGGAAGAGUGUAGCUGAAGAAAAGGCUGGGGAAGACAAACGAGUAGAGCUAACUACUAAGGUGGCUGAAGAAAACGAAAUCAAACCGUUAAAAUCUACCGUCGGUCAAGAGAAGCUGGAUGGCGAAAGCACACGGCGAGAGGAUGCGAAAUCGGAAAAAUCAAAGCCUUCAAUGGCUGCCGAUAACCAACAUACAGAUAAGCCAAGCACUUUGGAAUACAGAGACAAACGGGAGCCUCGAAGCGCUAGGCGUGCGCCCAAUAUUGAGUUAAAAUUAACCAACAGAAACUCUGCUGCCGGUAGCGAUGUAAAACUUACAUGUAGUAUAUCUGGCGCGGAACUGAAAGUGGACUGGUAUCUAGACAAAACACGCAUUGAGAAUAACAACAAAUAUCGAACGACCUUCAGCGAUGGGCUCUCUUGCUUGGAAAUUCAAGCAAUCGAUGCGGCCGAUGCGGGUGUUUACCGAUGCGUGGCAGCCAAUCGAAAUGGAGAAGUGGAGACGAGUUGCCUUGUGACUGUUUACGAUAUACCAACAACUAAAUUUGGCACAACGCCAAUAUUUACGCGCAACAUCAGAGAUUCUUAUGACAAAGAACAAAAUGAAAUAGCGCUCGAAUGUAAGGUAUCGGCAAAUCCAAAGCCCAACAUAUUUUGGCAAAAAGAUAACACUUUACUGCCAUUGGACAAGGAAAAGUACAAAUAUGUGGACUUGGAAGAUGGGGUCACACAACUAUUCAUACUCGCACCGAAUAAGGCCGACACUGGUCUUUACACUUGUUAUGCAGAGAACGAGAGUGGACAGAUGAAGAUUAGCAAAUUCCUGGACAUUUCCGACUAUCAACAAAAGUUAACGCAGAAACGCACACUACAAACGGCCAUACAAGAACCAGAACCAGCUGCCGCCACCAGAGAAGAUGAACGCGAAACUAGCGCGCAGUUGAAGUCGAAGGCUAAAGAAGAGAAACUGAAGUUGAAUGCGGACACGGUAAUGAAACCAAUGUCCAUUGCCGAAGGUAAUAAGGCGCAGCUGAUAUUCUAUGUGAGUGGCUACAUUGAGGAGGUAUAUUGGUUACGAGGCGACGAGCGCGUCACAAAAGAUAUGCGCCACAAAAUGUACAACAUUAACGGUGCGAUCAGCAUGGAGAUACACAAUGCCAAAGUCGAUGACACAGGCAUUUACAAGUGUGUGGUGCGGAAUAGUAAAAACACCAUCGAAAGCAGUUGUCAUUUGACGGUCUAUGAUCAAACAAGUGGCCAGCUGCCGAGUAGUUUUGCGAGCGAUAUCAAAGAAUCAUAUGACGCGCAACGCAACGAGAUCACACUCACCUGUCAAGUGCACGGCCGUCCGAAUGUUACUUGGCUGCGUGAUGAUCACAGCAUUUCCAAUAAUCGUUACAAAUCUAUCGAAGCGGUGGGUGGCAUACGGAAAUUGAUCAUACGUAAUCCUAUUCCUACGGAUUGUGGCACUUUCUCCUGCUUCGCCGAGACCAACGAUCUCAUCCAUGCCAUCAGCAAAUCCAUACGUACCAGCGAUCUCAAACACUUAAUAUCUACAACUACAGAAGCCAUUACUAAUGGCGAAUAUAUAUCGCAUAGCCGGCGCUCAUCCCAAACUCCUUACGAAGCAUUGCGCGGUAAUGGCGAAGUGUCAGCGCACAGCACUACUGAAGCAGCCAUCAAACGCGCUAGAGAACGCCGACCAUUGGGCAUGAUUGCCCAGAGUAAACCAUUGUUUAGCACUUUGUUGCAUGAUCGCACGGUCACCGAGGGCUCCAGUAUACGGCUGAGUUGCAAUGUGGUUUGUGACGGCGAUACGCGUAUUGAGUGGCUCAAAAAUCAUCGGCCACUACCUAACGAUGGCAGUUUUCUGACCAUGUUCCGCAAUGGCAUAGCUUCAUUGGAAAUUGGUGUGACGAGUGUGGAGGAUAGUGGCAAUUAUACGUGUCGUGCCAUCAAUGAUUACGGAGAAACUUUUACGCAUGCGCAAUUACGCAUUUACAAGCACUACGAGGAUGCCGUGGAGCCUUCGGCGUUUGUACAGUCAAUCAGAGAUACUUAUUCGAUUAACGAGAAUACGUUGGUGCUGGAUUGUCGCGUGCGCGGGAAACCACGUCCUGACAUCCAAUGGAUGAAGGGCUCUGAUUUGAUCAACGAAAGUGACCAAUAUCACAUUGUUGAGUCUGCGGAUGGCUAUACAAAGUUGAUUAUUAAUAAUCCAACUGAAAAGGAUUCCGGUCUCUAUGCGUGCGUAGCUCGCAACGAGGGUGCCGAAAAUAAGAUUACUCACCAAGUGGACUUUGUUGGACGUGAACGCUUUGCACUCGAGAAGACACAUGGCUACUUCCAUCGCGAUCCAAAUAAGCCACACUUUAGCGUACCGCUCAGCAACCAGACUGUGUGUCCCGGUGGUACAGUUGCCAUUUCGGCUGAAUUCAUGCGGUCGUCCACACCAUUGGAGAUACAAUGGUUACGCAAUCGUCAACCCGUCGCUGGUCAGGCGGGUAUAAAAACAUUCAUGGAAAAUGGUGUAUACACAUUAGCCAUACUGAAUGCACAACCCGAACUAGAGGGUACCUACACAUGUCGUGCUUCGAAUGCCUUCGGUCGUAUUGAAUCGCAUGUGAGUGUUGAUGUGGCUACCGGUGCACCGAAGAAUGAACGCCCACCGCUGUUUUUGUCACGACCAGAACCUGAAAUGAAAAUAUUAGUCGGUGAUCCAUUCUCGAUUUCGUUCCGUAUUGCGGGCGAGCCCAAACCAAAAUUGACGUUUUUGAAGGGUACCAAGGAUAUAACCAAGUCGGACAGAGUUAGUAAGGAGGUGUCAGAUGACUAUACAAGAUUUACGGUACAAAGUUCUCAAAUCUCUGAUUCGGGCACAUACUUCGUCGUUGCGCGCAAUAACUUUGGCACCGAUAGAGUAUUCGUGACCAUUGCGGUAAUGCCACGCGCACGCUCCGAAACGCCGACAUCGCCACGCUGGGGUCAGCGCCUCGAAAGUUUCCCUGACGUUUCAUAUUUCAGAGAUCCGCCAGGCCCCAUCUCUACCGAGCCAUUGGUAGUCGAUUCAGGUCCCACGCACAUCUCACUCUCUUGGGGUAAGCCGAUACGCGAUAAUUCUGCGCCGGUUAUCGCCUACCGCGUAGAUGCUUGGAUUGUUGGUCAUGAAGGGGGUGCUAUGUGGAAGGAGUUGGGUUUGACACCUAUCAAUUCUUUCGACGCCUUCAAUUUGAAACCGAAUGUCGAAUAUCACUUCCGUGUCACGCCCAAAAAUCGCUAUGGAUGGGGACCAUCGGUACAGACUAGCAGUCCAUUACAGGUGGGCGGCGCAGAGUGCUUGCCAGAGUUCGUUAAGAUAUUGCCGGGCCAGUUGAAGGCAUUGCUGGGCACACAACUGGUGCUGGAGUGUACGGUACGUGGUGCGCCGCGCCCACAAAUCGAUUGGUAUAAGGAUGGCAUGCAUAUCAGCCCACUAGCGGAGCGCAUUAGAAUUCGUCAAAUCGGUUCCACCUGCACGCUGAUCAUUGCACUCGUUUCUGAGUUGGAUGCAGGUCGUUACACUUGUGAAGCCACCAAUUCGAAGGGCAGAGUAUCGACCUUUGCGCGACUUCAAAUCGUUUCGGAUCCACGUCUGUAUGAAGCCGAUACAAAGCUAAAGGAAAUCAUUCACUCCGACAAGGUGGCGUCUGUUGGUGACACACUUCCUAUUUUCACAAUGCGGUUGCGUGAUCGACGCGUCCAAAUGACCUAUCCCGUGCGUUUGACUUGUCAAGUUGUUGGUUAUCCCACGCCGGAAGUGAUUUGGUACAAGGAUGAUCAGCAAAUCGUAGAAAAUCGACGCUGCCUCAUUACGGACGACGGUCAGUUCCAUACACUAGAAUUGGCUAGCACAAUUUUGGAUGAUAGUGGAAUUUACACCUGCACAGCUAAGAACGAACUCGGCUCGGUGUCGUGCCAUUGUUCGCUAGUCGUGGAUAAAGGAAUACGCGCUUACAUAUCACCGGAAUUCUAUAUGCCGCUCGAUCCCUUGUACAUAUAUCAAGAGGGGCAGGAGAUACGCCUCACCGCUAGGGUGGAGGCCUACCCUACUGUGGGUGUUUCCUGGCAUCGUAACGGUGUACGUUUGCGUCCCAGCCGACGCAUAGGAGCCACUCUGGACUCCAAUGGUUUUGUAGAAUUAAUCAUUGCCAAUGCCACACCGCACGAUGCUGGCAUUUAUGUAUGCACCGCUUCAAAUGCAGUCGGCAAGGUAGAGAGUAGUUGUCGUGUGGUAAUAGAAGAGCCCGAUGAAGAUCAACUACAGCAUGGACAGCGUGCCACCAGUCAGAUACCGGCCAUUGUGAAGUGUGACUUACCGUAUUCCAAAGAGCCAAUGUUUGUUGUGAAGCCGCGUUCCAGCGAAGCCUAUGAAGGCGACACGGUGAUUAUAUUCUGCGAAGUUGUUGGCGAUCCAAAACCGGAAGUGGUGUGGCUGCGUGAUUUCCUCAAUCCGGAGUACUACAAAGACGCACCACAUUUCCGGCCCAUCGGCGACGGACCAGAAUACCGUUUGGAAAUACCUAGUGCCAAGCUAGACUUCACCGGCACUUACUCCGUCAUUGCGAGCAAUUGUCAUGGUGAGGCAAAGGCCGUAAUUUCAUUGCAAAUUUUCGCUAAAGAUAUUCUGAAUAAUUUACCAAUGGAAAAAGGCUCAAUUCGUCACGGCAACGUUGAAACCUUCCCGCGCUUCAUUCGCCACCUCCGCGACUUACGUUGCUGUGACGGUGACGCUAUCACCCUGGAGUGUCAUGUUGAGGCACUUCCGGAACCCGUAAUCAUUUGGGAGAAAGAUGGCCGCGUACUGCCGAGCGGCAAAGACUUCACCAUGUCCUACGAUGGCAUCAAAGCCACACUGAGCAUACCACGCAUUUACCCAGAGGAUGAAGGCGAAUAUACUUGCGUGGCUAAGAACAAUCUUGGUCGCACACUCUCCGCCGCCUGCAUUAUUGUCGAUGUGCCAGAAGAGAAAGAGAAUAUGUUGAAUCGUCAGCUAGCGCGUCCCAGCGGCCUACUAUCAGCCAACUCAACUCCACGUUCAACACCGCGCUCUACACCCAAUCGUGGCUUCUCGCCACGUCGUCUCUCCUAUCGUUCAUCACAAAUCGAUUUGAGUGAUGGCCGCAUCGGCAGCUAUCGACGCGCAUUGCUCGACUCUCACACCUUAGCUGCACCGAAAUUCCUAGCCAUUCCGCACAGCCGUGUUGUCGAAGAGGGCGAUAGUGUGCGUUUCCAAUGUGCCAUAGCCGGUCAUCCGACACCUUGGUCGACAUGGGACAAGGAAGGAAUGAUCGUUACGCCCACCGCACGCAUAGCCGUGAAGGAAGUGGAUGAUUUGCGCUUCUUGGAGAUUGAAGAAGUCACAUUCGACGAUGCCGGUCUAUAUCGCAUCACCUUAGAAAAUGAUUAUGGGCGCAUUGAGGCUACGGCGCGUCUGGAUGUGAUUGGCCGUUCGCGCUACUCACGUUCACCUUCCGCACGCAGCGUACGUGCUUCCUCAUCACGACGCAAUGCACAUCUACAUCGACGCAUUAUGGGACCAUCGACGGCGAUUGGUGGUCGCAUGGCCUUAGCCACCGGCUAUCGGGGUUCCUCUGUGCCAUCCUGUAAAUUCUAUCACAACGGUUCGGAGUUGGAGGAGGAUGAUGAGCGCGUGCAAAUCGUGGUGAAUGAACAUGAAGCGCUGCUGUGCAUUAAUGACGUUACCGAAGCCGAUGAGGGCUUGUACACAUGCAUUAUACAGGGCGAUCAUGAGCCGCUACUCACAAGCACCUGGGUGAAGUUUGAAGUUACCGCAGAUGUGGCAUUGGCGGCACGCCUCAAAGAGCCACGCAUCGUGCGUUCUCUGCCUGUUCAAGUGCUGGCGCAUGAACGUGAAACCAUUGAUUUAUGUUUCGAGUUGGAUUGCGCUGAACCAUACAGUUAUACUUGGACCCGUAACGGUGAAGUGCUGGCCGAUGAUGAGGACUUCAAUCAAAUCGAUCAUGGCAAUGGCGUGCUCUGCCUGCGUAUAAACGACGCUUUCGAUUUGGACUCCGGAGAGUACGCCUGUGAGGUGCGCACUGCCGCUGGCUUAAGCUGCAGCACCGCUUGUCGGCUAGAUGUUGUUGAGGCCGAGGAAGAUGGUUUGUCACUGUCAAAGCAUCAGGGCUGUCAGCCAAUACUGCUGAAAUCACCGCUGCCAGUGCUGACGAGUGACGGUGCAUCCGAAGUGGCAUUUUGUGCACGAGUUCACCCGCCAGAAGCCACAGUACAGUGGUUUGUUGGAGGUCGUGAAAUCGUUGCUGACAGCGAAGUUCAAGAAAAUGCCCGUGACUCACUCGAAGACGCGAUGACAAAGCAGUCGGGCACGGCGCAUGUCUCCAACGAACCAGACGGCGUACGCAUACUCCGUAUACAGAACGUCCAACAGCGUCAUUGCGGUGAAGUGCAAUUAAGUGUGACACAUCUGGGCAAAUCGAGUUCAACUUUGCGCGCUUACACUAGUCUCAUUGUGCUGCCAGGACGCGCGUCCGCAGACUCGAACAGCCCACAAUACACAAGGAACGACGUUGAUGAAACAAUCGAGGCUCUGACACAGCCCGAACAGCUGGCGAUACCUGCAUGCAUUUUGGAAGGACCACAAGAUUGUACGGCGCUCAUUGGUGGUAGCGUUAAGUUGAGCGUCAGCUACGAGGCUGUGCCGCGUGCACAAAUCAGCUGGUUCAAAGGGUGCCGUCCCAUUGUCGAGCAGCGCAACAUUUCUAUACAUAGCAACGCCAAGCGUUCAACGCUUCUCAUCACCGAUAUUGCGGCCGACGAUAGUGGCAAAUAUACAGUGGAGAUUAUGAAUGCACUCGGCAGCGAUGCAGCGGCCGCUUCGGUGGCGGUAGAAGGACCACCAGAUGCGCCUAGUGGCAAACCGAGCAUAUCUCAAGGACCCGAUCGCAUUGCCGUCGCAUGGUGUGGCCCGCCCUACGAUGGUGGCUGUAUGAUAACUGGUUUUAUCAUUGAAAUGCAACAGUUGCCCGCCGAACUGAAUGCUGACAGCGAUGAUUUGACUGAUGGCGGCGAAAGCGAUUGGCGUGAAAUCGCUACCGUUGUGGACUCAUUAGCGUACACCGUUAAGAAUUUGACACCGCAUGCCACAUAUCGAUUUCGUGUGCGCGCCAAAAACGUACACGGCUGCAGCGCACCCACUUUGCCCAGUGAUGCGGUGGAAUUGCAAGCUCAAGAAGUCUCAACAGAAGAUUUCCACAGACCGAUUAGCGUUAAGUCAGGCGGCGAUUUCAAAAGUCGCUUCGAAAUACUCGAGGAGUUGGGCAAGGGGCGCUUCGGAGUCGUCUAUCGUGUACAGGAACUUGAGCAACCACGACAAAUUCUCGCCGCCAAGGUGAUCAAGUGCAUUAAAUCACAAGACCGUCAAAAAGUAUUGGAAGAGAUUUCGAUUAUGAAAUCUUUGCAACAUCCGAAAUUGUUGCAACUCGCUGCUUCGUUCGAGAGCGCACGCGAAAUCGUCAUGGUGAUGGAGUACAUUACCGGCGGUGAACUUUUUGAACGCGUCGUAGCAGACGAUUUUACGCUCACCGAACGCGACUGUAUACUCUUCCUGCGGCAAGUGUGCGAGGGUGUCGCCUACAUGCACACCCAAUCGAUUGUGCACUUGGACCUGAAGCCGGAAAAUAUUAUGUGCCAUACACGCACAAGUCAUCAAAUUAAAAUCAUCGACUUCGGACUGGCACAGCGGCUGAAUACGAAUACGCCGGUGCGCGUGCUCUUCGGCACACCAGAAUUCAUACCGCCCGAGAUAAUUAGCUACGAGCCAAUUGGUUUCCAAUCGGACAUGUGGAGUGUGGGCGUCAUCUGUUAUGUGCUCCUAUCUGGCUUAUCGCCGUUCAUGGGUGAUACGGAUGUGGACACCUUCUCGAAUAUAACACGCGCCGACUACGAUUUCGAUGAUGAAUCUUUCGAUUGUGUAUCGCAAGAGGCGAAGGACUUCAUAUCGAAUCUCCUGGUGCAUCGCAAAGAGGAUCGCUGGACAGCCAAACAGUGUUUGGCCUCUAAAUGGCUGACCCAGGAACAUGACGAAAACCUCAGUAAUAAAAUCUGCACAGACAAACUAAAGAAAUUUAUAAUACGACGCAAGUGGCAGAAAACCGGCAAUGCUAUACGCGCUUUGGGCCGCAUGGCCACGCUAUCUGCUUCGCGUCGCAACUCCGCCGUUUCUGGCGCCGGCAGUCUGCCCAACAGUCCGCGCCCUUCAAUAUCCGGCCUGCACCACAUGUUCAAUCCGCAUAAUUGCACGCAAAUGGGUUCACUACACGAAGAAGACGAUGACUUUAGCAUUGAGCUACCGAAUCAGAUAACACUCGAAGCACAGCGCCGCAUACAAAAAACAUUGAAAGUGCGCGACAAGUCGCAAUGCAGCGAACGCAGUGAUUCUGGUUACAGCGAAUGCUCGAAUUGUAGCUCAGGUGGAAAUUUGCCAUGUCACUGCGUUGGCGCGUCGGCAGUGCCGGUGAUAGUGCAGCAUAGCGCAGCGGAUGAGGCGCUGCCUGCAGCAAACGAGGAGACGCUUCUGUCGCAGGGUGUAGCGCACGAUGUGCUCAAGUCAAAGUUGGAGGAAAUUGCGCAGCAGUCAGAUACCGAGUGCACACGAAGUAGUAAGCGCGAGGAAGUGAGUUUGACAUCCGAAGUGGAGUCGCAAAGCUUGCCGCUACCGGAUUAUGUUGGGAAACACAGUGAGCCGUUAAGCGCGCUAGAGCAGCAUAUACGCCAAGCGAGUUUGAAUGCAUCAGCGCCAGCAACGGACAGGAACGCGCUGAAUUCAGACUUGAAAGCGUUCGAUGUGGAUGCGGUAACUUCAACAAUGUCCGAAGCGCUUACGCUGACAAUUCCACCCAGCUCGCCGCCCCAAGCGGGUGCAUUAGACACAACAGCAGUACUGGUAUCACCACCGCACCGUGAACCCAUAAUGCGCUCCGACUUCACCAACACCAUUAAGAUGCGCAAGAAAUCGCUGGAGAAUAAUGCGUUGCGCGAGAAGCCCAAAUCACAAUCGAAACCGAUUUUCGAAGCGGCCGGAAAAGUGUCCCAGCUGAAGAAUAAAUUUAACACAGCGUCCAGUGCCAACCGAAGUAGCAGCAGCGGCAGCGCCAAAACGGCAAAUGCCAACAAGUUGGCGCCUACGCAAACAUCACCGCUGCCUAUGAGCGCGCACGCUCACAAAAACGCGCUCAACGCGAACUGCAAGCACGCCGCUCACAAACGCUUCGCCUGCAAUAGCCAAACAACCGCAGCAAGUGCCACAACGAAAUCAACGAAUUCAACAUUACAGCAACAAGAACAACAACAGCAGCAGAAGCAGCAUCAGCAAACACAGUGCUCUUCCAUGCCCAAUUCGCCACUGCUUGGGCGCGCACCAGCGUCACUUCGGUUAAGCGGUCGCGUACGUGAAGCUACCGAGCGCUUGGCGCAACAGCAAACAGUCGCUACCAGCGCGCGACGCAGCGAGGCGCGUCGCUAGACGACAACGGCGGCGACGACGGCGGCAGCAGUAGAGGCUGAUGGAAUGAAGGCGCGUAAGUUAAGAGAUAAUAAAACUACAACUCGUUUAAGAUGUGGAAACUGAGGCGGCUAAGCAGCUGAGUACCGGUGAAAUGGAGGAAACCAAAACAUGCUGUUGUGCGGUUGCCUCGUCGGUGCUGUCAUCGCCGCAUUGCCCUCGAAGCGCCUCAACUUGCCGAAUUGGAGCGACAAAAAUUUGGCAUUGUUAAUUGUUGUUGUUUAGUAUUUUGUUACCCAAAAAUCUCAUAGAAGUUUGAUUGAAUUUUGUGCAACAUAUUUGUUAUUGUAAUUAUUACACUUGAAUGUUCUACUAGACUACUACGAAUAACUCUUUUAUUUUACCUAAACCUACGAACACUCGAAUAAUUAUACAAAUAAAAAUGUAAAAUAUUUGAAUGCCUUGCUGUAAUCACCCGCACCCCGAGUGUGGGUGUAAAAGUAUUCAAAAACAGCAACGCAUUAUGCAAUAUUCUAUUUGAAGCCUUGAAGAAACCCUGUAUAAGCAUAGUUGCGUCGACUCGUACUCGUACGUAUGUAUGUAUGUAUGAUUUCCGAUGGUACUUACAUUUCGAAUACGUUGUGUUUGUAAGUAUUUGCUAACUGUAACGAAACACAAAAAUAUAUUUAUUUAAAAAAUGUGUACCCAUUGCUAAGAAUAAUUGUCCUAACCUAUCUUAUAAUUUAUAUAAUGCAGUACUCACCACUACAUUGUUAAUGAGUAGAAAUUAAUUGUUUAAUAAUACCUACGUAUACAAAUACAUAUCUACACACAUACAAGUAAAUACUUAAAUACUUAAAUAAAUAAUAAAUACAUUUUAUGAUGUUCUUACAUUUCUAUUCUAUCGAUACGCUGAGUUGAAUGAAUAAAGUAAUGGAGAUUAAAAAUAUUG